AGGGGCCAAGAUGGAUCUUCUCCUUGAUAUCAGCUAAGCCUGGAGGACUCUUCCCCUCAGAGACCAUGGAGAGGGACAGCCACGGGAAUGCAUCUCCAGCAAGAACACCUUCAGCUGGAGAAUCUCCAGCCCAGGCAUCUCCAGCUGGGACACCUCCAGGCCGGGCAUCUCCAGCCCAGGCAUCUCCAGCCCGAGUAUCACCAGCCCAGGCAUCUCCGGCUCUGGCAUCGCCUUCCAGGUCCUCAUCUGGCAGGUCAUCAUCCGCCAGGUCAGCCUCCGUGACGACCUCCCCAACCAGAGUGUACCUUGUUAGAGCAACACCAGUGGGGGCUGUACCCGUCCGAUCAUCUCCUGCCAGGUCAGCAGCAGCCGCCAGGGCCACCAGGGAGAGCCCAGGUACGAGCCUGCCCAAGUUCACCUGGCGGGAGGGCCAGAAGCGGCUGCCGCUCAUCGGGUGCGUGCUCCUCCUCAUUGCCCUGGUGGUUUCGCUCAUCAUCCUCUAUGGGGGACGAGAGCCCCAGAGUUCAAGAGGGAUUGCAGUCCAGUUCUGGCGGGGCCACACAGGAAUCAGGUACAAGGAGCAGAGGGAGAGCUGUCCCAAGCACGCUGUUCGCUGUGACGGGGUAGUGGACUGCAAGCUGAAGAGUGACGAGCUGGGCUGCGUGAGGUUCGACUGGGACAAGUCUCUGCUUAAAAUCUACUCUGGGUCCUCCCAUCAGUGGCUUCCCAUCUGUAGCAGCAACUGGAAUGACUCCUACUCAGAGAAGACCUGCCAGCAGCUGGGUUUCAAGAGUGCUUACCGGACAACCGAGGUUGCCCACAGGGAUUUUGCCAACAGCUUCUCAAUCUUGAGAUACAACUCCACCAUCCAGGAAAGCCUCCACAGGUCUGAAUGCCCUUCCCAGCGGUAUAUCUCUCUCCAGUGUUCCCACUGCGGACUGAGGGCCAUGACCGGGCGAAUCGUGGGAGGGGCACUGGCCUCGGAUAGCAAGUGGCCUUGGCAAGUGAGUCUGCACUUCGGCACCACCCACAUCUGUGGAGGCACGCUCAUUGACGCCCAGUGGGUGCUCACUGCCGCCCACUGCUUCUUCGUGACCCGGGAGAAGGUCCUGGAGGGCUGGAAGGUGUACGCGGGCACCAGCAACCUGCACCAGUUGCCUGAGGCAGCCUCCAUUGCCGAGAUCAUCAUCAACAGCAACUACACCGACGAGGAGGACGACUAUGACAUCGCCCUCAUGCGGCUGUCCAAGCCCCUGACCCUGUCUGCUCACAUCCACCCUGCUUGCCUCCCCAUGCAUGGACAGACCUUUAGCCUCAAUGAGACCUGCUGGAUCACAGGCUUUGGCAAGACCAGGGAGACAGAUGACAAGACAUCCCCCUUCCUCCGGGAGGUGCAGGUCAAUCUCAUCGACUUCAAGAAAUGCAAUGACUACUUGGUCUAUGAUAGUUACCUUACCCCAAGGAUGAUGUGUGCUGGGGACCUUCGUGGGGGCAGAGACUCCUGCCAGGGAGACAGCGGGGGGCCUCUUGUCUGUGAGCAGAACAACCGCUGGUACCUGGCAGGUGUCACCAGCUGGGGCACAGGCUGUGGCCAGAGAAACAAACCUGGUGUGUACACCAAAGUGACAGAAGUUCUUCCCUGGAUUUACAGCAAGAUGGAGAGCGAGGUGCGAUUCAGAAAAUCCUAACCAGCUGGCCUGCUGCUCUGCACAGCACCGGCUGCUGUGAAGACUCUGGCCACAGUGACUGGCCAUGUGUGGCAUCAUCUGGGCUAAUGGCCACCAGGCACCAUCGGACUCCCACCUGCACUGUCUGCUGCCUCUGUGUGUGUGUGUGUGCGUGUGUGUGUGUGCAUAUGUGUGCAUUGCCACUCUCCCAAGUUUUUCAGAAACCAGCAGAGCUGUCAACUCUUCUCAAAAUCCCAGGCUGGAAAUUACCUGGAGACAAGAGCUUGAGUACCGUGGAUGUUCCUACAUGGGUGUCCAUAGAUGGAUGGAGGAGGUGAAGCCCAGAGCCCAAGGAAGGGCCGGGAAUUCUUGCUUCUCUGACCCUCACUUACAGACUAGCCCAGUGUGGGCAGAUGCCGGCGGCCCAGGUGACGCCAUUACUGUCCUUGGAUGGAUUGUGGGUUUUGGUGGAUGCAGCAUCCCAGUGCCUGGACCGUUUUCGGUGAAAAGCUGCUCCCAUUGGCGUUAUGAGCAUCAAGCCCUCACCCAGACCUCCUGCUGGUGCCGUGGAUGUCACCAGUUGGGCUGUGCUGUGGCUAACCAGGCUGGCAACUGAAAUGAGGAUUCACUGUACUCAUUUGGUCACAAGCUGCUGGGGCGGGUUUUAUUUUAUUUUAUUUUUAUAUUUAAGAAAUGAAAAUACGGGUAUUUUAAAAGAUUAUCCAAAAAGUCCAGGGGCCUUGACAGCUAGCAUCACUCAGCCCAAGACCCCCAGGGGAUUCAUGGGAAAUGUCAUAUUUUAGAGUCCUACAGAAUAUUUCUGGCCUCAAGGGACUGGAUGAAGAGACUGGACAAAGUCCCCAGGAUGGGCAUCCCCCAAUUCACUACAGCAUCUGGAGCCCCUAGGAGAUACUCAGGGAAGCAAAUCCUUGUUUGGGCUGGCAAGCAAAUCCGACACGACGAGGUCCACAAACUGUUUCUACGUCCCAGGACUCUGAUGAAGGCGUUAAGAAACGGAUGCUGUUUCUGCGUAGGCUCCCAGGGGCCCCAGGGAGGUCCAGGUGGACUGCCUCUCUCAUUCCCAGGGGCUGUCCUGGGACUUUGGGAUUUCUUCUCAGCUUUCUCCACCUUUCAGUUUCUCAGUUGUUUCAGAAACAUAGCACUGACAUAAAAACUGCUGUGGAGAGAAAGCUAACAUGGUCCCAUGCCUUCCAGGCAGCCCUGCUGAAGGAUCCAGGUUAGCCCUGUUCCUGCAAAUCAUCAAUGUGCCUGGACUCACCAGCUAAAAGCCUGGGCCUUCCCCAGCCUUUUUUCUGGGGCACCUAUUCCUCUGCCAACCCUGCUCCCCUCACCUUCCUUGGGCCCGUCAGGGUCUUUUGUGGUGCUGUGCUUCUCAGAGGCAGGAUCCAAGCAGAUCAGCCCAGCCUAGCCCAGCUCAGGCAGGCUGUGGCCGCUCAAGGGAAAGACUGCCCCAGAAGAGCAAGCUGGAGAGGCUGGUCAGGGGCUGAUGGGGCUGGGUACAUUGGGGAAUGUUAGCAAGACUGGGAAGGAGGCCACAUUCCUGUCUGCAGCAGCCCCCAGCGAUGGUCUUCAGCAAUAAAAGUUGUGUGACCUG